AUUGUAGGACUACUGUCUUUAAUCACGCACCGCAAUCGAUACAAUAAUCAAAGUUUUUGAUUAUGUUCGAUAGGCAAAAGUGAAUGUUAUCUGCAGCUGACAUUGCAAUUUGAGUUCAUUCCGAGUAGUGUCCCACAGGCGUGUGGCCAUGUUUAGUCUAGCAAUGUUAAAUUAAGUUGGUAUAAAUAUAAAAUGUGGCAAAAACAUUGUGUUUCAUGGCUAGGUGCCAUACUAGUUUUACUUUGCUUACAUUCUGGUCAAGCCCAGAUAGCCACGUACGAUGUGCGUGUAGGUAGUCUCCUUCGGAUGCAGCAAGGGAUUGGGUGGCCCUUACAUCUUCAGGUGGCAGAAGGGCACGAAGCUUUGAUGCGUCUCUCUGAAACUCUACCGAACCAACAGUAUUGUGCAGUGACCACUCCAGAAGGAGUUAUCUUCGACGUACGCAACCCUCCAAAUUCUAGGUUCGAGUCUUGGACUGACGGGUGCGGCGUUCGGGUCCGCAACAUCGGACUAUCAGACGAAGGUAGAUGGCGCAUGACAGCUACUGCAGGAAACCACACCAUCACUGGCUGGUCUGAAGUCAAGGUUACAGAAAAAAUAUCGAACUACGUACCGGAGCCUAUAUCCCUUAAAGAUGGUCAAACAAAAACACAAGUAGACCUUUCAUCCUUGAACAAUUCCUACUGUCUGGUGGCACAGCCGUUCUCGGAGAGUUCCUUGGUACCGGGACAUUGUCGUGUCACCUUGGAGCGGACCACUAGGGCUGUGCAAGGUCGAUGGAGCGUCCUGCUGGGUAUACCAGGAAGAGUGAUGGAAUUGCAUAUCGAUAGAUCUGUCGCUGUUGAAGCUGAGCGUCUUGACGUAGGCUUCUUACGAGAUACCGCUCAUCAUAAACUUCAUUUGUAUUGUAACAUUUUACACACGGAAAAAAAUAUAACUUUUUGUCGUUUCCAAAAGGGCACUGAGGCUUCCGGUUUCAAUGUUAUCGACGGUUUGAGUGAUGGUCGCUACAGUUAUUACGGAGAUGGUUUCUUCAAAAGACAAUGUGGACUGACCAUAGAGUCAGUAGCUAGUGACGACUACGGCACUUGGAGGUGCACGGUCGGCGUACAAGAGUGGGCUGGCAACACUAUUCAGUCGAGGACACCUCUUCAAGCACUCAUAAGUGUCCCACCAGAAGGAGGAAAUAGGAUAAGACGAGAUUUUGAAGGGGCAGAGGAAGAAUUGAGGACAAUAUUCGUGGAGAGUAACAAAACUCUAACGCUAACGUGUCGUGCAGAUGCGUCCCUCGCGUAUUGUUGGUUCCAACAUCCUAAUGGUUCCCAAUUCACACCUGUGGAACGACAAGUCGGUCAGAAUCUGGAUUUCUGGUAUGCCGGCGAAAACCUCCAAUCUGGUGACUGUGGAAUUACCUUUGCCACAGUUCAUAAAGAAGAUGGAGGAGUAUGGACAUGUCAUAUGGGCUAUAAAUACCAAUUGGGUGAAGAAAUCAUAGACCGUAUGAAUGUUCGAGUUACUGGUCCAUUGGCCGCUUUGAAUACAGAAGUCGGUGCUGUCAUUGGUGGAAAUGCUACUCUGUAUUGCCAUACCGCAAAUGGACCACAGCCAUUGGAUUACUGCAGAUUUUUAGCACCAAACUUUGUUGGUAUAAGUCUAGAUUCUACUGUGGGUGCCAACAAUGCUAUUCUAGAACGUUUUUACUUCGCCCCUGGGAGGAAUUUAGACUAUGGUGACUGUGCUCUGACUAUUGACCCUGUACUUGAGGAGGAUUUGGGUGAAUGGACUUGCGCAGCUCUUUUGCAUGACCACAUUUUAGAGUCUAGAGACACGAUACUCCUUUAUUAUGAUUCUCAUGCAGCUCGCGUACCUCGACUACGCGCCGGCUUAAUUGGCACUUCAGUUGGUCUCAUAGUACUAGCUUUAGUGCUGGCUGGUACAAUAUGGUACAAAAAGGGAAGACCGGUGCCCUGGAACAGACCAUCUGGCCCAAUUCAACGGUUCAGUAAUGGUACAGAUACAUUGUCUAUGCAGAAUGACAGAGCGGUGGAACCUAGGCUAAGUACCAGCACUACGAGCAGUGAUGAACAACAGGCUUGAGAUGGAUGGAUAAGGGGGAAAUGCUCUCGCCAAUUUUUUUGGUGGUUCUGUACAAACAUCAUUACUAGGUAAGAAUUUAGCGACGAAUACGGUCAUCUUGCCUGAGCCUACUCUGCACGGAAUUUAGUUCCCAGCCGCCAUUGAGUUUGGCGAUGACUAUAUAAUAAGUCCUAGAAUGUUCGAUGUAUGACUGAUAUUAAACAAAAUUUAAAUAAUUACAGAUGCUUAACUCCAAAGAAAUGUGAUAAUUAGAUAGUAGUUUCCUUAUUAACUCAUUUAAAUAUUAUUGUUAUCUACUUAUUUUCGUUGGUUUUUUUAUUUUAAUAAAAUUUAUGUCUUUGUUA